CCUCCACCAGAUCUCCUACGCCACUAUCAGGCCCACUUGUAGCGACCCUUGUGAUAUCCAUCGGAGUUGUGCACAGUUCACUCUUGCAUCUCCUCUAAAUCUCUCAUUUGAAGCACAAGAUUAUCCUGCUGCCAACCUAGGACGAUGGAAUCCCCGAAAGGAACUGCGUCAAAACAGCCAGAAGGGGCCUUCGAGUCAAGGAAGAUAGCAAAGAGAAACAGCUGGGGACGAGCCAUUGUUCUGACUAAGAGCGGAGAUGUCGAUAUACGCAAAAAGCGAGACGUGGAAAAGAACGCCGGACCCGAGUACCAGAGGUUGAAACUCCCGAGAAGAAAGAGAACUGUAUCGUUGUUCAUCGACCAGGACGACGACGGCAAGUUGAUCACGGAGGAGGAAAGCAGCCCGGAUGACAGAUUCCUUGGAAAGCUAAUUCUCGAUCGGUUGGGACUCGUGAACCAAGCCUUGUUUUUACUUGGCCAUCUUCGAACGCUGUACGUCGCAGCCGCAACUAAUUAUGCGGCAUCAUAUUCAUCCGACUGCGAGUCUCGUUGUGCAUCCACUGCGAAUGAGGAUCGUUGA